AAGUUGGAAGCUUUGUAUUCUUAUGUAUGAUGGUUGUGUGAAUUCUCAAGCCAAGCUAAGUCCUCUCUUUCACACCUUUCAAUCUCAAAACCAUGGCAAGAAGAAUCUAGGGUUUCACAGCACCAAGUCCAUCAAGGUCUGUGCUUUGGUGCUUUUUCUUAGUUUUCUUUUGUUACUGGGAAAUUGGGUCGAUUUUUCUGAAGGUGGAGGCACUCUCGGUUGGUUCUGAUUCGCCCCGUUUUUCUUUAUUUCCAAAAAUUAACCUUUUUUUUCAUAAACUUAAAAUUUUGAAACUUUGACUGGAAAUCCUAUUUUUGUGGCACCUUGUCUGGGGGAAAAAUGGGAUUUUUUUCAUCUUGGUCAUUCUAUCUGCCACAUAAGGCUGAAUGUCUGAUAUAUUCGUGGAUAAAUGGGUUGUUUUCUUAGUAUUCUGGUGUGUUUGGCUUAGUUUUGCCCCUCUGAUUCAUCUGGGGACAUAGUUUUUACCUAAAUUUUUUAUAGAUAGAGGCUAAUAUGGAAGAGGUUGAACAAGCUAACAGAGCAGCUGUUGAAAGCUGUCAUAGGGUUCUAAGUUUGUUGUCUCAGGCCCGGGAUCAGGUUCAGCAUAGGAAUUUAAUGGUGGAAACUGGGGAAGCUGUGGUGAGGUUCAAGAAAGUUGUUUCCUUGCUUCAUAAUGGUUUGGGUCAUGCAAGAGUGAGGAAGUGUAAAAACCUUCAAGUCCCUUUUUCCCAGAAUAUCUUUUUAGACAACCCAAAUUGCAAGACCAACCAUCACCCAAAAAAUCUUCAGUUUGCACAAACCAGCUUUCAUGAUAAUUCAAUUCAGGAACUGGGUUCAACCAUAAAAAACUCACUCUCUCUGGGACAACCAUCUUUGGAAUUGAGCUCUAGUGGGAAAAGUCCUCUUCACCUUGCACAUCAAGCUUCAUCAACUCACUAUCACCUCUUUCAGCAACGGCAACAACAGCAAAGGUUGCUGCUGCAGCAGCAACAAAUGAAGCAUCAAGCAGAAAUGAUGUUCCGAAGGAACAACAGUGGCAUAAACCUGAAUUUUGAUAGCACUAGCUGCACACCAACAAUGUCAUCUACUAGGUCUUUUAUUUCUUCCUUGAGCAUAGAUGGAAGUGUGGCUAGUUUGGAUGGAAGUGCCUUCCAUCUAAUAGGAGCUCCACACUCUUCUGAUCAGAAUUCACAACAGCAUAAGAGAAAAUGUUCUGCCAGAGGUGAUGAGGGUAGCUUGAAAUGUGGGAGCAGUGCUAGAUGCCAUUGCUCUAAGAAGAGGAAACAUAGAGUGAAGAGAUCUAUUAAGGUGCCUGCUAUCAGCAACAAACUUGCAGACAUCCCUCCUGACGAUUAUUCGUGGAGGAAGUACGGGCAGAAACCAAUCAAGGGUUCACCUCACCCUAGGGGAUAUUACAAGUGCAGCAGCAUGAGAGGCUGUCCUGCUAGGAAGCAUGUUGAGAGGUGCUUGGAAGAGCCAACCAUGCUAAUUGUUACCUAUGAAGGAGAGCAUAACCACCCUAAGUUACCAACACAAUCUGCAAAUGCAUGAACUCAUGGAGAGCUUAACCAAAAGAUCAAGCCCAUCAUUCAAUUUGUCAAAACCCCUUUUUAUGUGAUUGGCUUGUGAUGCUGCUGUACAUAUUUUUAAGUGAUGCAUUCUUGGAGCAGAUUUUGGAUAGUUUGGCUAACGAGCCUGUUUAUUUAGAGUGGGAAUGAGGAUCACUGAUUAAAUGAACAAGUCUGUAAAAUUGGGUAGUUUCAAUUCGUAAGAACUAUUUUG